AUGAUUUCAGCCAAGCUGCUGGAUGCCUUGGACCAGUGCGGCCGUGUGUGUCGCGGUUUGUCAAUGCCCUUUGGAAAUCUGCCGGUGUUGUUAUGUGGUGAUUUCCAUCAACUUCCUCCAGUUUCUCUGGAUGGUUGGGCCUUCCAAGCCAAGGUUUGGAAGGAGGCCAUCAGCUUUUCCCUGGAGCUGACGGAGGUUCUUCGCAGUGAUCCACAAGAGCGGCAGCUGUCGAAAGCCCUGCAGGAGGUGCGAUGUGGCCGCAUCUCGGACGGAUCGUGGCAGUUCCUGCAGUCUUUAGCGAAGAAGCCAAGGCAGAUUGGAUUGCAGAAUGAUCGGUGCCCCGUGGUGGUGGUGCCCACCAACCGGCAGGCGGAUGAGAUCAAUGUGGCAGCACUCCGGGCCGCCAUGGAGACAAGUGGAGAGAUUCAUCGCUAUUCUGCACUACACGUAAGUGGUGCCAGAAAAAAGGAGGUGCCAGAAGAGCUUUCACUCUGCAAGGGCGCUGUGGUGGUUCUGACGACCAGCAUCAGGGUGGGACCACAAGGCGAGGUGAAAUGGGCCAAUGGCCUUCGUUGUUGCGUCUCUGGCUUCGUACAGCUGCCACGCAAAGCCUUCGACCAUCGACAUCCAGAUUUUGAAGCUGUUCAUGGCCACAGCCUUCGCCAAUUUUUGCUGCGACAUGGGGGCCUGUUGCCAAAAUUGCAGGCUUUAGAAGACCCAAGCUCUGAGUACGUCCUACACCCGGUUCACUUCUCAGAGAGAAACUCUGGUGAAGGUCCUGGUGUGGUGCAGUUGCCUAUUCGACUAGGGUGGGCAGUGACAGCACAUCGCGCUCAGGGUGCUUCCAUGGAGGGAGGAGCUGUUGCAGUCUUGCAGGGCCUCUUUUCACCAGGGCAGGCGUAUGUGGCAUUGUCUCGCUGUCGUCGAGCCAAGGAUCUUUGGAUUGAAGGGCUGCCGCAUCGUGAUGCAGAUGGAUGGGUAGCGGCCUUUGCACCCGAGGAGGAGGUUCAAGCCUUCUAUCAAACCAUGCGUGGCUUCUGAUGAGCAAAGGACUUUUUGGUGAUGCUGGGGAAACCAUUGCAAUUGGGGAAAUGCAUUGGUAUGGUCCUGGGGGAAUGGGACCGCUGAGAGCCGGAUGCAUCCGCUGAGCCAACAGCCCUUGUGACCCAGCAUUGGUGAAGCUGUUGGGAUAAUCCUGUGCGAC